UUCAUUGUCUCAGAAAGGAAUUCGGAAUGAAAGAUGUUAGGAUCACUUACAGCUUUAGGCACAGCUAUCGAUCGCAGGCAUAUUAAUCGAUGUGUACCGUUUGCAAUUCGGCUUUCGUACCGUUAAUUUCACCGACGAUCAAAUUUUCAUCAAUGGAAAGCCAUUCUACUGCCAUGGUUUCGGGAUGCAUGAGGAUUUUGAGUUACAUGGUCGAGGAUACAAUCCGGUGGUGAUGACUAAGGAUUUGAAUAUGCUGGAGUGGAUGAGCGGUAACUGUUAUCGAACGUCGCACUAUCCGUACAGUGAGGAAAUGGCGUAUGAAGCUGAUCGGCGUGGCAUCGCUGUCAUCUCGGAAACACCAGCUGUUGGCUUGGUGUUAGUUUAA